ACAGCGAAAGUUAUUGCACAGUUCUCAUUAAGAUGUUAAAUGUGAACGACAAACCGGAGAUGAAUGAAGGAGGAGGCGACAAAAAGAAGCCGAAGAAGAAGCCGAGAAAGAGGGGAGGCAAUGGAGGUGCAGCUAAAAUGGUUUCUGAGCCUCCACACUCCGGCUAAGAGAAGCAAGCCUCCACCACCUACAUUCAGCAAGAUAGAGCUUGGACUGGUUCCUUGUUUGAUAGUAAAUCACCAGGAUGGCAUGCAAGCUCUAUCGCUCCAGGGUAUAUUUGGUGGAGGUUUGUCCUUUCCCCGGAGUGCCAAAAGCACAGAGGGCAUCGCGAGUAAUUGGGUAUCUUCCAACAACUGUUAAGCAGCAGUUGCCACAGGAUAAGGCUGAAAGAGUUGCUCCGCAUCAUCUGAUCACAAAAAAACGUUCUGCAGAAAAUGGAGACAACCAGCAACCAAAGAAGACUGUUAAGCAGCAGUUGCCACAGGAUAAGACUGAAAGAGUUGCUCCGCCUCAGCCACAGGAUAAGACUGAAAGAGUUGCUCGGCCUCAGCCACAGAAUAAGACUGAAAGAGUUGCUCGGCCUCAGCCACAGGAUAAGACUGAAAGAGUUGCUCAGCCUCAGCCUGUUGACAAAAAAUGUCCUGCUGAAAAUGGAGAUGGCCAGAAACCAAAGAAAAGGAAACCAAGAAAGAAGAAACUUGGAGGAGACAUUACAGAAGCAAAACAAAAUAUAGAUGUUAAGAAGAAAGAGACUGAAAAAACUAAAGCAGGAGAGACAAAAAGUAAUCCAGGAGAAAGAAGAAGUAAUACAGGAGAAACAAAAACUGUGGUAACAGGAGAAAAAGGAGAAUUAGUAAAAAAGCGGAAGAAGAUUUUUAAGAAGAAAAAGAAGCCUAAAGAAAACCAAAGCACAGUUGAGAAGAUAGAUAACCAAAGCACAGUUGAGCUGAUAGAUAACAGUAACUUUGAUUUUGGAAACUCGGAAAGAUCGUUCAAGAACCUUGAGGGAAGUAUAUCACCCAAAACACUAAGAGUCCUGCAGCAAUUAGGCUUCAAGGAGAUGACAGAGAUUCAAGCAAAGGCAAUCCCUAAGCUUCUUCAAGGACUAGACCUGCGAGGGACAGCCAAGACUGGAUCUGGAAAGACCUUGGCCUUUACCAUCCCAGUGAUCGAGUUGAUGAGCAAACUGAACUUCAUGCCCAGUCAAGGUACUGGAGUUGUCAUCCUCUCUCCAACUCGUGAGUUGUCUAUACAGACACGUGAUGUUUUGGCGCCCUUCGCUAAGGCACACUCAUUGACGAUGGAGUUGAUUAUAGGUGGUACCAAUAUGAAAACUGAAGCUGCAAAAUUACGGCAAGGUGUGAAUAUUAUAGUUGCUACACCAGGAAGGUUCCUUGAUCACCUCAGAUCGACUAAAGACUUCAUCUUCAAAAACAUGGCUUGUCUUGUUCUUGACGAGGCAGAUCGUAUUCUUGAUACAGGAUUUGAGCAUGAUCUCAAAAAAAUCUUACAACAUCUACCAAGCGAACGUCAGACGAUUUUGUUCAGCGCAACAAAAGAUACCAAGACAAAUGCUUUAGCCCCUCUUGCUCUUAAGGCCAAUCCUGUAGAAGUUGAUGUAGACUCAGACAAAAAUGAAGCAACAGUGGAUGGCUUAGAACAGGCUUAUGUGGUGUGUCCUAUUGAGAAGAGGGUUUCCCUUCUCUGUAGACUUAUUAAAGAGAAUCAGGACAAAAAAGUCAUGAUUUUCCUUAACAGCGUCUGGAAUGUCAAGUAUUACCACCACAUCCUUAACUGCUUGGAAGUUCCUGUUUCCCUACUCCAUGGGAGGCUGUCGCAAAAUAAACGAACUGAUGGAUUCUUCACUUUCAAAAAUCAAACAAAAGGUACACUUUUGUGCACAGAUGUGGGUGCGAGAGGCUGGGACAUUAAAGGCAUCGACUUGAUAAUCCAGUUUGAUCCUCCCUCCGACCCCAUGGAGUACAUUCACCGGGUUGGAAGAACGGCCAGAGCUGGAGACAGUGGCAGUGCUAUACUGUUUCUUCAACCACAUGAAACUAAUUUCAUUUCUUAUAUGAAGUCUCACAGUGUUACUCUUCCUCACAUGGAUAUUUCAUGGAGAGAAGUAGAAGAACUUCAGGUGGAGGAGUUAAACCAGCACGAUGAACACCUCUCCAAUAUGGGAAAGAAGGCUUACCGUGCUUUUCUACGAUCAUACAUGGCUCUUCCUCUGAAGUCUAUCUUUGACCCUAGUAAACUUGAUACAUUAAGGGUCGCUAGAGCAUAUGGCUUCAAUAAAGAACCACUGAAAGUGCGUUUAUUUAGAAAGGAAAAGCGCAAAUGAAAGUGGUGAUUUUUAGGUUAUAAUGCAUUUGUCUUAUUUUAAAAGGUUUUCUUUUGUUCUCUACUUAUUUAAGUUUUUUUUACCUCUUUUCUUUUCAUUUCUCUUUUAUCUUUUCUCUUCUCUUGCAUUUUCUAUGCUUUUCUAUUUCGUUUUCUGUUUU